AUGGAUGUUGGAUGCAGCGGAGUUGUUCUUCUCAUGAUACUGGCAGUAGCAAUAGCAGGAGCAGCAAAGGAGUCUGCUGUGAAUUUAUUAGAAGCUGAGGCACUGCACAAGAGUGGCUGGUGGGGAGACGGCAGUACUACUGCAACAAACAUCUCUGCCCACUGCCAUUGGUCUGGUAUCAUUUGCAACAAUGCUGGUAGCGUUACCGAAAUACUACUUCCAAACUGCGGAAUUCAAGAUGACUUGGCAAAUUUCAGCUUCUCUUCUUUUCCGAACCUGGUGCACUCUCCAAACUCACCUAUCUCAAUUUGGGUGAGCCCCGUCUUCUCUAGUAAACCUUACCAACUAGCACAACUCGAUGUUUCUUGGAAUUCGAUUGACAGCUUAAAUCCUUUAGAAAUUGGAAACUCGACAAAUUUGGUUACUCUAGAUUUGAGUUACAAUUCUUUUGGGGGUCCCAUCCUUCCCACACUUGGCCAAUUGUCUAAUUUACGUUCCCUUGACCUCAGCAAUAACCUCUUCAGUGGAACAAUUCCUUCAGCUCUUUUUAAUUUGACAAAUCUUUCCUGGUUACAUAUUCAAUGCAAUCCCAAAAUUGGAGGAUUUCUCUCAGAAGAAAUAGGAAAUUUGAAGAGAUUACUUGAAUUAGACUUGAGUUACGGUGCAUUUUCUGGCAGCAUCCCUCCAAGUCUUGGCCAGCUGUCCAAUCUACGGUCCCUUGACCUCAGCACUAACCACUUCAGUGGGACAAUUCCUUCAGCUCUUUUUAAUUUGACAAAUCUUUUCCGCCUAAACAUUCACUGGAAUCCUGCAAUGAGAGGAUUUCUCUCAGAAGAAAUAGGAAAUUUGAAGAGUUUAGUUGAAUUAGACUUGAGUUACGGUGCAUUUUCUGGUAGCAUCCCUCCAAGUCUUGGCCAGCUGUCCAAUCUACGCUCCCUUGACCUCAGCACUAACCACUUCAGCGGGACAAUUCCUUCAGCUCUUUUUAAUUUAACAAAUCUUUUCCGACUAGACAUUCACUCGAAUCCCGCAAUGAGAGGAUUUCUCUCAGAAGAAAUAAGAAAUUUGAAAAGUUUAGGUGAAUUAGACUUCAGUGGCCUUAAUCUUUCAGGUGCCCUUCCUUCAGCUCUUUGCGACCUAACCAAACUAGUAUCUCUUUCAGGUGCUGAGAAUCAAAUUUAUGGUUCCAUUCCCUCUGACAUAGGAAAUUUGAAAUAUUUGGAAUAUCUCCAUCUUGGGUCCAACCAGCUGACUGGUCAAAUCCCUCCGACCCUUGGCAAUCUGCCUUUUCUACAAAUUCUAGAUCUUUCCUCAAACCAACUUACAGGCCCAAUUCCUACCCAAUUUGGGGAUAAUAUUAAAUCCAAAUGGCACCUUUCGACUUUGGAUCUUUCCCACAAUAUUCUCUCUGGCACUGUCCCCUGGUCUCUUCUGCAACUGGGGGACGUCGACCUGUCCUAUAAUGCUUUGGAAGGUGAACUUCCGUGCAAGCUUGUCAUUCAGUUUGGUUCAGAUAGAUUUGUCGGCAAUCCACACUUGCGUCACGAUUCCACUCUUUGUGGUGCAUCUCCUUCUCCUUCUGUUAUGGGAAAUCACACUCCUUCUAUUGAAAGUGGAAGUUGA